AUGGCCUCCACAGCUACCGCACUUCGUACCCCUGCGCGUCGAACAACGAUUGCCAAGAAGAAGUUUGCAGUCCCACCUGUGAAGGUCGCAUGCCUUGCCUGCCGCGCCUCGCGAACACGUUGUGACGGGAAGAAAGUAUGCACGAAUUGCUCCACGAGGGGCAGAGAAUGCCAGUACACCAAAAGCAAGAGAGGCGGGCCUCGAGCCCCUCGGUCCAAAGUAUCGCAAAAGCAACCUCAGGUCGAAGAUCAUGACAUGACAUUUAAUUGGAAUGACGAAGACUUCGUGUUCGAUGAAGCACCGUCAUUCAUCAGUCCUGGAGCGGGGCUCAGCCAGCUGGACUUCUCCCAGGACAGCGAUUUCAUCUAUGACAGCCUCUUCACUAGCUCGGUUCAAUUUGACGGUCAGUCGAGUGGCAGCAGUCCGCAAUCAAGACCAGACUCUCUUCCGGAGCGAGCCAGUCCUAUUGUUAGGGUCUACGGCAGUGAUGAAGAUCUUCUAAAUGCUUAUUACGUUUUCAUCCAUCCAUACUUUCCUGUUUUGCCGCCUCCAGUAUCAAGCCCAGUGGUAGAUCGCCCAUCGUCUAGGCCUAGGGACGAACACAGGAAGGGUCACAGAAGCAAUGUCAGGAGUGAUUUCGAACCGUCAUCUCCUAUCACUCUUGCAAUUUCAACAAUCCUGGCUUUGGUCCCGCAUCAUGAUGAUGAAGAUCCUGCCAAUCCCGAGUCUGUGCUUUAUCGAAGGAAAUUUGCCCAGUCUUUUGCGGAAUCGACCAUGGAGAGUGUCGAGAUCGAGUCCGAAAUAUUGGACUCCGAUUCCUCACCGUCUCGUGCACUGACCGGGAGCUCGCCUACCGCUCGACGGGGGUCUUUUCAUCCAAAUGUGCCUGUUGAGAUAGAAAGCGUCAUUGCACUGCUCAUCUUGAGUAUUUACGAAUACGCCCAGCGGGGAAACAUCAGCAAGAUGCGUACUCGAGCCGGACAAGCAUUGAUCUCAGCCAUGGACAUGUCUCUUCAUUCGCAGGGCGACAACGAGGGUGAAUUCGCGGAAGCAAAACGUAGAGCUUGGUGGAUGUGUUACACCUGUGCAUGCCAGGGUUCUAUCGUCAGCAGUACCCCCCCAACAAUUUCAGUUCACGACCCUCGGUUCACAACAAGGUAUCCAAGUAUCAGGUCCGACCCCGAUGCAUGGCCAUUCUUCUUGUCCGCGCAACAAACCAUCCUUGCCGCCACUCAGUUCAUUCUUGACCAAAACAAGGCUUUAGAGACGAAAUCCAAUAUGUCAUACGUGUAUGAGAAGAUGCACGAGCUCAAUAGUAGAUUGGACCCGUUACUCGCUAGAGCCGAUGCAUGGACCACUUACUCAUCUGCUAUGCCGGUGGACGCGUCCGAGGCCGUUGUUGCAUUGGCUCUAAAAAGUAUUGCACGUAUUAAGUUGAAUAGUGCAAAAAUCAAGCUUCACCGCUAUUGCGCCUUUACAGAUAAAGCGCUUUUUUCCGAGAAGCAUUGCGACCUUAAAUCCUCGGGUCAAUAUUUGAAUCCCCCAGGUGGAGAGCACAACACAAUGACACCUGCACCUGCGUGUGGCUGCGGCGACUUGUUCGAUAACUCAUCUUUCUCAUCGAUCUCGCGUUCGCCGUCUUCCCCAUUAUCUUCCCGAUCAUCUUCAAUGAGUUCUCUCGGCUCCAUUCCGUCGAUCUCGGAUGUUCCAGAGUUGAAUCUUCCAUUCAGCAGCCAUCUCGCAGCCAGAUACUGCCUAAAGGCUGCACUCAACAUAGCUCAAUCAUUCGAGGCUCUCCCUUACCCGAACCUAACGGGGAAUCAGGAGUCUCUGGUUUCGUCCUCUUCGAGCCACAGCGGCAAAGCUCCCCGUACUAUGCCGUCAUUUGCCUGCUGUGCAAUGCAGAGUAGUUAUGCAAUGCUUAUGAUCUGUCACAAAAUCCGAGCCACAAAUGGCGAAGGUUUCAUAUAUCAGCGGAACGAACAUCUUGUCAGCAAUUUAACCAGUCAGCUCCGAAAUGGAUUGCAGAAAGUUGUCGGAGCUUUGGACAACUAUUCGAUGACUUUUGAAGCAUUGACCGGAAUGCGAGAUCAAGUACGGGCGGCAACUGAUGCCGCAUUGCCCAGCGUAUCAUGA